AUGGCCGUCCACCCAGCCGCAGGACCUCCUGGUGAGAACGAUGCGUCCAAUGAAACAACGGCAGCGAGCUCCUCCACCACCAGUAUCGUGAAGAUGGGCAUGGACAAAGAUCUGGAAAAGGGCCCAGGACUUGCCGAGCAGCAGGCAUCUCAAUACCCGGUGCACCCUUCCUCUGCCGGCGAACCAGAGAAGCGGGUUGACACUGGUGAAGACGGUGGAGAUGGACUGGCCAUCAACCCUCCGCCCAUCAAUCCCAUGGAUCCUUCCCAGUUUCCAGACGGAGGGCUGAAGGCAUGGACCGUGGUGUUUGGGGCAGGAUGCGCCAUUGGGGCCAGUUUCGGCUGGAUCAACUGCAUUGGCGUCUUCCAAGAAUACUACGAAACCCACCAGCUCAGAGCAUACUCGUCGCAGGAGGUGGCAUGGAUUCCCAGCCUGGAAGCAUUCAUGAUGUUCGGGGGCGGACUGUGGAUUGGCAGAAUCUACGACAACUACGGCCCGCGGUACAUCUUGCUCGCCGGGACGUUCUUCCACGUCUUUGGACUCAUGAUGGCCUCCAUCUCGACGAAAUACUACCAAUUCCUUCUCGCCCAGGGCGUUUGCAGCGCCCUCGGUGCCUCAAUGAUCUUCUACCCGUCCUUGUCCGCCGUGGUGUCGUGGUUCCUCAAGCGGCGCGCUCUGGCCAUGGGCGCCGCUGCCUCAGGCUCCUCGCUCGGAGGCGUCAUCUUCCCCAUCAUGGUCGAGAGGCUGAUGCCUGAAGUCGGCUUCGGUUGGACCAUGCGCAUCUGCGCCUUUCUGAUCCUGGCACUUAUGAUCGUUGCCAACCUGACCAUCGUCAGUCGGAUAGCGCCUCAUCCGAAACCGGUCCGGCCCAAGGAUUUCGUCGUGCCUUUCAAGGAGGUUUCGUUUGCCUUGUUGGCCCUGGGCAGCUUCUUGUCCUUCUUGGGGCUCUUCCUCCCCUUCACAUUCAUCAUCUUGGCCGGGCGGGCGCACCACGUGCCCCCCAAUCUGGCCAAAUACCUCGUGUCCAUCCUCAACGGGGCCAGCACCUUCGGCCGCACCAUCCCGCCCUUCUACGCCGACCGAGUGGGCAAGUUCAGCGUCUUUCUCGCCAUGACGCUGCUGUCCGCCCUGAUCACCCUGUGCCUGUGGGUCCCGGGCUCCGGCACCGCCGCCACCGUCGUGUUUGCCGUCAUCUACGGCUUCAGCUCCGGCGCCGUCGUCAGCCUCCUACCCGCCCUGAUCGCCCAAAUCUCGCAUAUCCACCAGAUCGGCGUGCGCUCCGGCGCCCUCUUCAGCGUCGUCGCCGUCGCCGUCCUGGUCGGCAGCCCCAUCGGCGGCCAGCUGAUCACCAACUCAGGCUUCCGCAGUAUGCAGGGCUUCAGUGGCGCCCUGAUGGCCGCGGGCUUUUGUGUCUAUUUCAUCCUCUGGGCUAGGUUGGGUGGCUUGAAGGGGAAAAAGAUUUAG